AUGUAAACACAAAUAUGCAAACACAAACCUAAACAGAACUCAAAUCAGCACAAGAUGAUCCACGUAUAGACUCCGUUAUGUCAUGGGCAUUAAGUGUACAUUAAAAUAAGUGAAUAAAUAUGUUUGUAAUAUAUAUUUGUAAAGCAGUUUUGAGGUUCAGCGCAGACGCAUUGACGUCACUGACAUCGAGGUAUCAAGAGAGAGGAGAACUCCGCAGCAGGAGAAAUAAACACCGGACAGUGUCCAGCGUUAUUAGAUCAAACCCGAGAGCUCCUUAGCACCUCCUGUAUAAAACGUUGUCUCUGAAGCAGUGCUAAGAUGGCCACCUCCUCCCCCAGUCUUGAAGAGGAUGAAAGUUUGAGGGGCUGUGAAGUUUUCGUGCAGAAACACAACAUACAACAGAUUCUCAAAGAGUGCAUUGUCAAUUUGUGCAUUGCCAAACCCGAGCGUCCUAUGAAGUUCCUACGGGAACACUUUGAAAAGCUGGAGAAGGAGGAAAGCAAGCAAAUCCUAGCACGACAGAAGUCUAACUCUCAAUCCGAUUCACAUGAUGAUGAAGUUUCUCCUCCUCCACUAAAUCCUGUGGUGAAGGCCCGCCGCAGGAGAGGGGGAGUCAGUGCAGAGGUCUAUACAGAGGAGGAUGCAGUCAGCUAUGUCAGGAAGGUAAUCCCAAAGGACUACAAGACAAUGACAGCCUUGGCUAAGGCCAUAUCUAAGAAUGUGCUGUUUGUCCAUUUGGAUGACAACGAGAGGAGUGACAUAUUUGAUGCCAUGUUUCCUGUUACACACAUUGCUGGAGAAACAGUCAUUCAACAAGGUGAUGAAGGGGACAACUUUUAUGUAAUUGACCAAGGAGAAGUUGAUGUAUAUGUGAAUGGUGAAUGGGUGACAAGUAUUGGAGAGGGUGGCAGUUUUGGGGAGCUAGCUCUGAUAUAUGGAACUCCACGUGCUGCGACGGUUAAGGCUAAGACGGAUCUGAAGCUUUGGGGUAUAGACCGUGACAGUUACCGGCGUAUUCUUAUGGGCAGUACACUGAGAAAGAGAAAGAUGUAUGAAGAGUUCCUGAGUAAGGUGUCAAUCCUUGAAUCUCUAGAGAAGUGGGAAAGGCUGACAGUGGCUGAUGCUUUGGAGCCUGUACAGUUUGAAGAUGGUGAAAAAAUUGUGGUACAAGGAGAACCAGGGGAUGACUUCUUCAUCAUCACAGAGGGGACAGCAUCUGUCCUGCAGCGCAGAUCUGACAAUGAGGAAUAUGUAGAGGUGGGCCGCCUCGGACCUUCUGACUACUUUGGUGAGAUAGCGCUGCUCUUGAACAGGCCACGUGCAGCCACUGUGGUGGCCAGAGGUCCACUGAAGUGUGUGAAGCUGGAUAGACCACGCUUUGAGCGUGUUUUAGGGCCCUGCUCUGAGAUUUUGAAGAGAAACAUUCAGAGAUACAACAGCUUCAUCUCCCUUACUGUCUGAGCCACAGUAUCCAAGGCCUCCAAGCUUGGUUACAUGAAAUAGUUCAGGAUAAGUCAUUUUACAUUUAUUUAAAGAGUUUAAACUUUUUUCUAUGUGAAUCUUCUAUGUAACCAGGCCUUGUUUUACUUCCUUUCUUUCUUUUUUUGAAAGCAGCAUAGAUGUGACAAAGAUGUGGCAUGAAUGAUGGUUUGCAGGAUUUAGGCCUUGUUCAGCAUCUUUUUUUGCAUUUUUUAUUUCUCUUAUUUCAAUUCUACUGGUGCAAUUUAUUCAUUAAUUAUGAGCCAUGAAGAGGUGGAUCAUUAAGGAGAUGUACAUUUUACAUUCUGGUGCAUGCUAUUUCAUUUGAAGUGAAAAGAGCAAUUUUAAGAGUUUGAGACAGAUAUUUGUUUUAAUUGUAUAUUGCCUUUUUGCUUAAGGUUUUGGUUCUUGCUCCAUAUGAUGUGUAAUUGAAUUGUUCUGUGUGUGUGUUUCUCAAAACCUAUUCAGUAGUAAUACAGUAAUCUAUUAGGAAAAUCCCCUACAAUUAGGGGAGCUAAGUAUAAAUCUCAUAACCAUUCCCUUCAUUUCAUAGACAUAUGAAAAUUAGGUUUUCUAGGGUGUUGUUCUGAAGUAAGUUAUGUUUUUUUUCUUGUUUGUUGUACAAUACUAUUAUUUUGGUGAAGAUUUUUAAAGUAAAUAAAGACACACCUCU